AUGCAGCAGCAGCAGCAAUUAGAGGGUCUCGCGCAAUGUUCUCCUGCGACGAUGCGUCAAGGUGGGGCCAUGCGUGAUGCAGCGAGCGCGGCUUUGCAGCGACUCUCCUGCACACCUAGCUGGCGUGGCGACAUCACAAAAGGUAACCGUGUUGUCUCAAACUGGAUCCAGUUUAGGAAUGUAGCCUGCUGGGGCAGGUUGCCAGGCGUUGGGCACCCUCUUCGCAGUGAGGGACACGGUAUGUUAUUUACAGAGCAGCCUAAACGGACAACCGAUAGCCUAGAUGAAGCGAAAACCCGCUCCAUGGCGCGUGAAAGGAGGAGUACCGGCAAUACUGCGGACGAAAGCUCAAGUGGUAUUUUUGUUGAUAAUGUCGAUGCGGUGAUUUGCGUCACCGGGUACAACGCACGUUAUCCAUUUUUUGCAUCAUGA